AUGGCCCCGUUUCCAGAGGAGGGGAGUUCUGUUGCUCACGGUUGCUAUGGGGCCCACCAGUUCCACAGCUCUGGAGUGACCACGAGACUCCGGGGGACCUGCUGUGGACGCCAGCUCUCGUGGGGCCUCUUUGGUUCGACUGGAGCUUCAAGCAGGUCUUCCCUGAGACAGAGGAACAGCCCCGCCCCCACCUGUGGCCCCAUGGGGCUGAACGUGUCCGUCUUCCGGGGGCCCUUGGCCCUUUGGGAUUUCAGCUGCAAAAAUCCAGAGAAAAAUCUCUCCCAGAAGCUCCAAGGGAACAAGUUUUUCCCAUUCCAGGUGAUGCAGCCCAAAGUGUUUGUGAUGGAGUACUACAAGGACAUGCUCUGGAAAGGGGCCCUGGUCUUCGUGGUCUCUCUGGUGGCCAGCGUCUUCUACUUCAGGGCAGAGAUGGGCUCCCAAAACUUCUCUGGCUUCUUCAUCUACGGCAUGAUCAUUGGGCUGUGGCUCAUCAUCAGCAACAUGCACAAGCGGCGGCUCAUCAUCAACCACAACAAGGAACUGUACCAGUUCUACAUCAAGGGCUGUCUCUGGCAGGAGGGGCCCUUGUACCAGAUCUACGUGCGCCUCGUGGCCCAGCGGGACGCCUACGGGAAAUUGUUCUACAGCCUCAUCAUUAACGGAUACCGCCUGGAGGUGCUCACCUUGGCCAAUCUCUCCAGCAAGUUCGAGCAAAUAGAUAUUCUGGGGCGCCGCAUCGCCCGCAAUCUGAACCUCAACUACUUUGAUUACGAAGACAUCUCCACGCGCCACGUGAUCCGCCACAGGCCCCCUGAGGACCAGGAGGAGGAGGAAGAGUUCGCUGAGGACCAGUAUGUGUGA